CCUCCUCUCCUCCAGGUGGUGUCCCUUCCAGUCACCAUUGGAUGAUUUGGUGCAGUUUCGUGUGCAAGCAAACCUCCGAGUGCGGAGCUCGGCAGCUAGCGAGAGAAAGGGGAGCGAGCUUUUCAUUUUUGGGGAAUUUGUAUGUGUUCGCGUCUUCCAUUUCUAAUUUUCACUUAUUUAGAACCCUGUCUCAAGUCAAACGCACCGGAGUAACGCGACGCAACCUUUGUAAAAUGUACGAAGCCUACGCGGUGGAGUAGCAACCCUUUUUGGCUGUAACUGGCGUAGAAAAGGCAAUCGAGUGGCACGACCAAGGAGAACCGCCGGGGAAGGACCACGGCACAACCGCUACGAGCGCAACGGGGAGUCGGGGCCCGAGAGGGAGCCUGCCGGGGCCCUCGGCUGCUGCUUCUUGAUGCGCCCUGCCUGUUUCUUCGCCUCAGCCGCGGUCCAAGAUGGGAGAGACCAAAAUUAUCUACCACCUGGACGACCAGGAGACACCCUAUCUGGUGAAACUGUCUGUGCCGGCGGACAAAGUCACUUUGGCAGACUUCAAAAAUGUCCUCAAGAAGCCCAAUUACAAGUUCUUCUUCAAAUCUAUGGACGAUGACUUCGGGGUGGUAAAAGAGGAAAUAUCUGACGACAACGCCAAACUGCCCUGCUUUAAUGGACGUGUGGUUUCUUGGCUGGUGUCAGGAGACGGUGCCCACACAGAUGCAGGUUCAGUGGCAGACUUGGAAGCAACGCCCCCUUUAGAGAGGACAGGAGGCAUUGGAGACUCUCGACCGCCUUCUUAUCAUGGGAAAGCAGCAAGUGGCCGGGACAGUUUGGACAAUGACACGGAGACGGGCUCCACGGUGUCACAAAGAAGAGAGCGUGAUAAACCGAGACGGAAACACAGUGACCAUGGUGGGAGACAGAACGGGUACUCAUCACGGCCACCAGGCCGUGGAGGAGUCGAGUAUGACAGCUGCUCCUCUUUCAUGAGCAGUGAGCUGGAGUCCACUUCCUGCUUUGAUUCAGAGGAUGACGACGCUACCAGCAGGUUUAGUAGCUCCACAGAACAGAGUUCCUCUCGUUUAAUGAGACGACACCGACGCCGCAGGCGGAAACCCAAAGCCUCCAAUCUGGAUAGGUCGUCAUCAUUCAGCAGCAUCACAGACUCCACUAUGUCUCUCAACAUUAUUACUGUUACUCUCAACAUGGAGAAGUACAACUUCUUGGGCAUCAGUAUUGUGGGGCAGAGUAACGAAAGAGGAGAUGGAGGAAUAUACAUUGGCUCCAUCAUGAAGGGCGGAGCUGUGGCUGCCGACGGACGCAUUGAGCCUGGGGACAUGCUGUUGCAGGUGAACGACAUCAACUUUGAGAAUAUGAGCAAUGAUGAUGCAGUUCGAGUGCUAAGGGACAUCGUGCACAAGCCCGGUCCCAUAACUUUAACUGUGGCCAAGUGCUGGGACCCAAACCCACGGAGCUGCUUUGCUCUGCCAAGAAGCGAGCCAAUUCGACCCAUUGAUCCUGCUGCGUGGGUUUCACAUACUGCAGCAAUGACUGGGGUGUAUCCUGCUUACGGUAUGAGCCCCUCCAUGAGCACCGUCACUUCCACAAGCUCCUCGAUCAGCAGCUCCAUUCCAGAAACUGAACGAUUCGACGAUUUCCAUCUCUCCAUUCACAGUGACAUGGCAACAGUUGCUAAAGCCAUGGCCUGUCCAGAGUCAGGCUUGGAAGUGCGAGACAGGAUGUGGCUUAAGAUCACCAUUGCUAAUGCCUUUAUUGGUUCGGAUGUUGUGGACUGGCUAUUCCACCACGUGGAAGGCUUCACAGAUCGUAGAGAAGCCCGUAAAUACGCCAGUAACCUGCUGAAGGCUGGCUACAUCCGACACACUGUCAACAAGAUCACCUUUUCUGAACAGUGCUACUAUGUAUUUGGAGACCUCUGUGGCAAUAUGACCCAUCUGUCUCUCCAUGACCAUGAUGGCUCCAGUGGGGGUGCCUCAGAUCAAGACACACUACCCCCUUUGCCUCACCCUGGGGCAGCUCCUUGGCCCAUGCCUUUGCCCUACCAAUUCCCUAUCCCUCACCCCUAUGACCUGCCACAGCCCUUCCAUGGGGGGCCAGCUGCUGGCAGUGCUGGAAGCCAGCACAGCGAAAGCAGCGGUUCAAACUGCAGCAAGAAUGAGGGGAGGAAAUCUGGUGGCAGCGGGAGCGAACCUGAGAUCAGGAGCCACCGUGCUCCCAGUGAGCGUUCGGCAGCUCCCCCUAGUGAACGAAGCGUCCGUAGCUCCGCGAGCCACCGCAGUGCCAACACCCAUUCGCUAGCCUACGGGCAAGGCCUCAUCUACGGCCCCCCUGGCUUGCCCCCGCAGCCGCCGCAUCUGCCUACGUCCGCCCCCGGGGCCCCCCCAGGCAGGGAGCUGGCCUCGGCCCCUCCGGAGCUCACUGGGUCACGCCAGUCCCUGCGAAUGUCCGUGGGCAACACCGGCGAGUUCUUCGUCGACGUGAUGUGACUCGGGUUCUAGGGUGAGCGAAGGAAAACGUAGCAGAUCAGGCCCCCUUGGGUCCGAGGACAGCCGAGGUGAAGAUUGCGGCGGCUGCAUUCCGAGGCCUCGAUCCCAAAAGCAUGGAUGCAAAAAGUCCUGUUGUGUGUGUUGUGAGGAAAAAAUAUUUCGCCUCUUUUGUGCUUCUCCUUUUAGUAGUUGUGGCCAUACUUUCUUCAGUGAAGAAACAUUUCCACCCCCGCCCUCCUUAUAUUCAAGAUGGAACCAAAGCCCCUGUCAGUUUUUGCCUCUUAGCGGGGAAGAUUUAGUGCAAGGACAUAAAUGAAGCAAGAGAGAGGGAGGGUAAUCGUGGAAACAGACAAAUGGGGAGGAUGACUCAGCGCUUUUCUUCGUGGAUGUUUUUCAUGUUUUUCUCUUUGCGCUUCCCUCCUGCCCGUCUCCUUUAUCUUAACAUUCUUUGGCCCCGACCCUUCCCUUCCCACAUAUACAAACACAAACACACACACACACACACACGAGUCCAAGUCAGACCUGACCAAUAGAACAAAAUAGUAUACAACACUAGCCGUGAAAGGUCCCCUUGCAUCUUUUUUUUUUUCUUCAACCUCUGAUUUCUGUUUAUCAGCUUUGCAAGAUUAUUUGGGUUAAGAUGUCCAGAAUAACUUUUUUUUGUUUGUUUUUAACUUUUCCGUUUUUUUUUUUUCGCUUGGCAGUUGGGGCGGCUGUAUUUUUCAUGAAUAUGUAACGCAAAUAAGCUUGGCUCUGAUUGGAUCGCCCAUCAUCACAAUCUAAAUGCGCGGAAAAAAGCUUUGCUCUGAUUGGCCAUUGGCAAAUGGUGGCCGGGCCAAGCAUUUAUAGCGGCCUUUAGUUCAUUUAGGGGGUGUUCUGAAAGUAUAUUGAAGCAGAAUUGGACUGUUUGCCCAUUCACGAGUCACAACCCUACUGAGGAAGUGACAUGUCACGUGAGUAAAGUCAAAGUGAGGAGGAUAUUUUGAGAGCGGAUCCCAUUCAGGCGCAACAUAACCGGCUCACAGCAUUCAUCUGUCACGCACUAUUGGAGAGUAUGAAUGCAUUUACAGUCAACAUAAACAGUUAAAUAUUGAUAUAAAAUUCAAUACACGUACUUUCAUAUACUGUAUUACCAGGAUUUGUUGGCAGCUGCAUAGCCAGCUGGCUCACUCGCUCCAAACCGGGAAAUGCACUUCUAACGGUGUGCAAGCUUAUUUUAUGAAGCAGUCCUCCACGAAACACAGUAAAAAAAAUUUGUUGAAAAUCUUUGGGAAUUUCUCUAAAAAUAAAUUGAAGCCAUUUAUUCCUCAAUCCUUCUGAGUUUGGGUGGUGAGGCAAGACAUGUUGCCACUUUGCAGUUUUUCCCAACAUGAGUGGGUGUGUAGCAACCACAAAGUGGGCAGGUACUUGGAAAAUACAAUAAGUGAGUUUUUGAUGUCACUAACACAGAAAUAUAAUCUGGUCGUUUUGCAAGCAUCAUGCAUUUAUCCACUUUUGCAUUCAAUCGAUAAAACGCAUAGAUGUCAAAACAGGUCAUGGACUCAUUUUUAAUUUUUUUUUUUUUUGCAUCAAAAAAAAUGUGAUUGAUGGAAGGGGACCUUGAACCAUUUUCAGACUUAUGUUUGCCUGAUUUAUAAGAGAAGAAGAAAAAAAAUCAAAGUUGAGAAUUUUGUCUUUCUUACUGUCAGAAUAUUUUAUCAUAUAUGUUGUUGAUCACAGCUAGUUUUAUUUUACAAUGCAAAACACGAGCCUCCAGUUCAAGAGUCAUUUGUGCAUGACAUGAUUUCAAUCUCUUAACCCAGACAUUUUUUUAGUUGGUCGUGUUCCCAUGUAUAGUGAUACAAAUUCUAACCAUGUCUUUCACACUACUCGUUCAUCCAGGAAAUGCCUUUUUAUUUAUAAAUAUAGUUUUAUGACUUCACUUUGACUCUG